CAUUCAGCACAACUUACUCUGAGCCAGAACCAGUGAGCCUGAGACACACAUGUUAUAUGGAGAUGAAUCUUCCCACUUUUCUUUUUGUGGUGGGCUGCUGUUGUGCUCUUUCAGUGGGGGGAGAAGAAGAGAGUCCUGGAAGACCUUUUAUUCUAGAUUCAAUUGAGGAAGCAAAGAAAAUAGUGGACGCUGCUUACAAAUAUUCUCGAGAUGAGAGUUUAGCAAGGGUGCGCAAAGAUGUCAUCAAGCCUUCUGACAAGCUACGUCUGCUGAAACAGCCAGCUCGAAAGACACGGGAGGCCGUAAGAGCUGCAGACUACAUGGCACAAACGUUGAGACUGAUCAGUGAGAAAGCCCAUCAUGUACACAAGAGGUCCAUCAAUGCUACAGACCUGCUCACUCAGGACGAGCUUCAAACCAUUACACGUAUGACAGGCUGUGAAGCUCAAACCCGGGCACCAUCUUGUAGGACCACACCCCUUAUAAACAAGUAUCGAACUGCCAGCAGUGUCUGCAACAAUCGGAAGAACCCACUUCUUGGUGCAUCAAACACUCCUUUUGCCCGCUGGUUGCCUGCUCAAUAUGAGGAUGCCAUUUCCCAGCCAAAAGGAUGGGAUGCCAACAAGUUGCACCAUGGUGCAGCACUGCCCCUGGUUAGACUGGUUUCCAAUCGCAUUCUAGCCACUGCAGAUGCUGACAUAGAGAGUGACCAUGACUUUACCUUCAUGCUUACCAUGUUUGGGCAAUGGGUUGACCACGAUCUGACUUUUACACCCUCCUCACCAAGUAUUAGGUCCUUUAGCAAUGGCAUUGACUGUGUAAACAGUUGUGAGCGCUCUGAACCCUGCUUCCCAAUUCCGGCCCCUCCAGGAGAUCAGCGUCUGCGCCCUAACACCUGUCUCCCUGUCUUCCGGUCAGCACCGACUUGUGGUUCUGGGCGCACUGCCUACAUGUUUGGUGGAGUCCCAAAUGUUCGGGAACAGAUCAAUUCUCUAACAGCUUACCUAGAUGCUGGACAAGUUUACGGUUCAGAGGAUGGACUAGCAAAGGAACUGCGAGACCUUACUAAUGAUGGUGGUCUUCUACGUGUCAAUAAUCGCUUUAAAGACAAUGGACGAGAGCUCCUGCCCUUUACUAGUAUUGACACCAACAUGUGCGCCACUCGUCGGAAAAUCCUCAACGACAGCACUCUCACAGAGGUUCCUUGCUUCUUUGCAGGUGAUUUUCGUGUCGAUGAGAAUUCUGCUCUUAACUCGUUACACACACUUUUUGUGAGGGAGCACAAUAGAUUGGCUCGUGCCCUUCAUGUGCUCAACCCUACCUGGAGUAGUGAAACUCUGUAUCAAGAAGCAAGAAAAAUUGUCGGUGCAUACAACCAGAUCUUGGUGAUCAAGGAAUACUUGCCAAUAAUUGUGGGCCCUGAUGCUUACAAUAGACACCUUGGACCAUAUCCAGGUUACAAUGAGAAUGUGGACCCUACCAUUGCGAACGUCUUUGCCACUGCAGCUUUCCGUUUUGCCCACUUGGCUAUCCAGCCCAUAAUUUUUCGUCUUGAUGAAAGCUACCAGAACCAUCCUCAGUUUCCCAGUGUCCCCCUGUAUGAGGUUUUCUUCACUCCAUGGAGGGUGAUCUUUGAGGGGGGCAUUGAUCCUGUACUCCGUGGAUUGAUUGGUCGUCCGGCAAAACUGAACACCCAGGACCACAUGUUAGUGGAUGCUCUCAGAGAGAGGCUGUUUGCCUUCACAUCCCACAUAGCUUUGGAUCUGGCUUCCCUCAACAUGCAAAGAGGACGUGACCAUGCUAUACCAGGUUAUAAUGCAUGGCGUCGGUUCUGUGGAUUGUCUGCUCCUCAGAAUGAGCAAGAAUUGGCUGUGGUGAUGAACAACACUGAACUAGCCCGCAAGUUGAUUGAGCUUUAUGGCACCCCUGAGAACAUUGACAUUUGGUUGGGAGGUGUUGCUGAGCCUUUUGCUCCUGGUGGUCGUGUCGGUUCUCUUUUUGCCUGCCUGAUUGCAAGACAGUUCCAGAAAAUACGAGAUGGUGAUAGGUUAUGGUUUGAGAACAAAGGAGUGUUCACCACCAAACAGAAAACAGCACUGGCCUCCGUGUCACUGGCUCGCAUAAUCUGUGACAACACCGGAAUCCUUAGAGUUCCCAGCAAUCCUUUCCGCUUCCAGAGUUCUUCCAGUUUUGUUAACUGUGGGAAUAUCCCAGCUUUUGAUCUCGAUCCUUGGAAAGAAACUGAUAGAGAUUCCAUUCCAGGACCUCCCGGACCCAAGGGACCUCCAGGAGAACGCGGUCCACCGGGUGUAGCAGGGCCACAAGGACCUCCAGGAAUUCCAGGACCUCCCAUUAAUACCACAGGACAACAGUCUGCCUUCUUUGCUUCAGUCAACACCAUCCAUCCUGCCACUGCUAAAGUUGUCGUGUUCGGUCGGGUCCUUUACAAUGGACAAAACCAUUAUAACCAAACCUCGGGGAUGUUCGUGUGCCAGAUACCUGGUGUAUAUGAAUUCGAGUUUUCGUGCAUAGGAACUCGUAGUUUGGGCACUGUGACCUUAAAGAAAAAUAAUACUGUACAGCUAACUCCUGAAACAGUUGCUCUUAAUACACGAUCGUUAGCUGAAGGGAAGGCAGUCCUGAGCCUACAGAGAGGAGACCGUGUGUAUGUGGAGGUUUCUCGAAGUGCUAAUGGUAUAGGCUUUUCAAGCUAUUUCUCUGGUCACAUUCUUUUCCCCGUUUGAGACUAUUACUUACAAUGCAUUACUAACUUGAUGAAUAUAGUGAUAUCCUAUAAAAUCUGCUUAUUUCCUAUUGUCUUUAAAACAUGUUUCAUUUUACUGCAAUGUCUUAGGCUUUGUUAUUGUUGUUGUUUUAUUAAUAAUUAGCUUUGCAAAAUUAGUAGUAUGGUUUGACAAUGCCUAAUGUUUGAAUUCUGAAUUGUUUACAGGUGAAGAGAUAUAAUUUAGUAACCAUGAUUUAACUGCUUAUGCAUUGACAUUUCUUUUAUGUAGUUUUUUAUAUUUGUUGUUUUUGGUUUUGUUGUCGGAUUGCAACAAACUUUUUGGUAGUCCAUGCUGUGACAGUUAUUUUGUGUAUGCUUUUAGCAAAGUGAGAAAACUAUAAAUAAAGUUUGUUAUCAAUAUUA